GAUCGAGUUCACAAGCCUUUUCGCGGCCGGCGAAGCUCCGUCGACUAAGCCAGGACGCACCUCGCCGCAAGCAAGCAAGCAACCAUCGUCAACGAGAUGCAGGUCUUCGUCAAGACUCUGACGGGCAAGACGAUCACCCUGGAGGUGGAGAGCAGCGACACCAUCGACAACGUCAAGGCCAAGAUCCAGGACAAGGAGGGGAUCCCGCCGGACCAGCAGCGGCUCAUCUUCGCCGGGAAGCAGCUGGAGGACGGCCGCACGCUGGCCGACUACAACAUCCAGAAGGAGUCGACGCUGCACCUCGUGCUCCGCCUCCGCGGCGGCCUCUCCAUCAAGGUCAAGACGCUCACCGGCAAGGAGAUCGAGAUUGACAUCGAGCACACGGACACGGUUGACAGGAUCAAGGAGCGCGUCGAGGAGAAGGAGGGCAUCCCGCCCGUCCAGCAGAGGCUCAUCUUCGGCGGCAAGCAGAUCGCAGACGACAAGACGGCGCGGGACUACAACAUCAAGGCUGGGGACGUGCUCCACCUCGUGCUCGCGCUCAGGGGCAGUGCUUGCUAGAUGUAGUCUGGGGUUUUACAGGAGCUUGAAUUAGGGUUUAGCUGUAGUUUUAUUAUAUUUUUUACGUAAUGUUUUUCUAGAGCUUUUACAUAAUA